AUGGUAGUUGAACAAAUCGAAGUUAUAGAACAUCGGAUAAUAGAAGAAGGAAGACGACCAUCUGGAGGUAGGUUCUCUAAAAUUUUACCUUUCUAAAUGUUUUUUGAAAAUUCUAGAACUCAAGAAAAUAGUUUCCAUAUUUUUUCAUGUUCGAUAUUUUUAAUUUUUGAAAAAAACAUUUCAAAAAUGGUUAUUUAUUUAAAUUGUCAGGUGCUCUCCUUCCACCAUACAGUACAAUCAGAGAAAGCAGAGAAUCAUAUGAGCAACGAGCUGAUGGAACAAUUCAUGAUAGAAGAUUUGAAGUGACUGGAGAACGAGAUGUUAGUAGAGAACCAUCAUUUUUGCACACUUCUUCAAGUAUGUUUUUUCUCUUGGAUUCUCACAUCAAAAAAUAAUUUCUAGAUUACGGUCAACAUAUUGAAUUAUCACCACCCAGUCAUAGAUAUAAUGUGAGUGGUGCAACAAUUCAUAACAACAGCAGUAGCUUUUUGAAUACAUCUGAUGAAAGCAGAUUUGGAAUGGAUAGAAGUGGAGGAGAUUCGACUGUUAUUAAUAAUUAUGGUUAUGAUGUUCAUGAGAUAAAUACAACAGGUAAAAAACAGAAUAUUGAGAAAAUAUUGAACAAAUUACAUUUUGUUACAUUUUAUGUGAAUUUUGAAACGGAAAAAAUGAUUGAAAAAUCACAAAUCAAUAAACUUCAGUUCAAAGUUUUUUGAUUAGAAUUUCGAUUUCAUUUUUACAAUGCUCAUAAACAGUUUACGCUGGAAAAAUUGGUGAGAUCUAGGGAGGUUUUUCUCUUUCUAGAUUUGUUUAAAGGACAAAUCAAACUACAAAAAAUCAACCUAAAGAACCUAAUCCACAUUUAAUUAUAGAAGGAGGUGCUCGAAUCGUCGAAACUCACGGAAAUGGACCAUUACGUGAAACAAGUCGAGUUGAACACAUUGAAGAAACAAUAAUUCGACCAUCUGCUAUGAGAAAUGUGAAUAAUCAAAGAAGUUCUUCAAAUAUCUUCACAGUUCCGACGCCUAAUUUGAACACGUCAUAUCGACAAGAAUUCACAAGUGAUGCAGAGUAAGUUAUUGUAAACAAAACCGAUUGAUGCGGCAAACUUGAACAAAUAUUCUUCAUUCUGACGACUACUUCUUGUACUACUUUCAUCGAUUUUCUUUUUGAAUUUAGAAUUUUGAAAGAAAAAACUAUGGAACCUAUUUUAGAAGAAGAAGAGAUGAGGUUUAAUUCAAAAAUUUUGAUUUUUUAAAUUCAAGUCUAAAGCUGAAAAAUUCCAGAUCCCUGGCAAGAAAAGACAGCUACCGAGCAAUGCAAUCAAGUUGGGAUGGUGAUGCAAAAGUUCAACGAUUUCCGGUAAGAAAAUUUUUUAGCUAGAUUAUUUAUAGUUUAUAAUUCCAGCCAGUUUCUCAAACAUCUUUGGUGUCACGUGAAACAGCGGCUUAUGAUGAGAAAAAUAUUGGAUGUUGGGAGAAAACGAGAAUAUUUUUCGAUGAUCUUAUUUAUGCAUUCAGGUACGGUAGAAAAUUGAUUGGGGAAUAAUAUUACGUGAAUUUGAGCAUCGGAAUUUUAACUGCACAAAACUUGUCAGUGUCAAGAAAAAUUUUAGUUUAAAAAAAACGAAAUUUCACGGUGUACAGAGAUCCAAAAAUUGUUUCAGAAAACAGUAUUAUUUAAAAAAAAUGUUUACGGUGAAAUUAAAAGUACUCCCUAGAUAAAUAAAAAUUAAAAACUAAAACCACACAGGGAUUUUUUCUCGAAAAGUCUGGAAAAAAGUUCCCGAAAAAAAUUUUUGACCACACUUGGAAAAAAAGUUCAAUAAAUAUUUAUUCCGAAAUUUUAAGGCCUUUCGAAAAAAACAUCUGGCGUUUUACUAAUCAAAUGUUAUCCUAGCUUUUCAGAUGAUAAAAUAUUAUCACCUUUAAUAAACCAAAUUUCAAUUUAUUUUUUCGCAUUUCUAAAGUGGCAAAGCUAAAAAUCGUAAUAUCUUGAUGAUAAUUCAAAAGGUUCAAAACAAAUAAUUUUCAAAAUAAACAAAAAGGUCCGUUCAACCUUGAAAACACGGUAUUUUACUGACAUAAAUUAGACCUUGAAGAAUUAUUUAUUCCUUUACUUGUCUCAAAUUUAUCUCAUAUUAUUUACAUUUUCAAAAAUAGUUUCCAAAAAAAUCUGAUUACCUCAUUUCUCAAAUUCCGUUUUCAAUUUCAGAAAUGCCGAAUGGUCUCCAGCUCUUAUGCGAAGUUUAUGUUGUAUUCUUCUCCUUCUUUUAUUAUUACUCAUAUUGUUAUACAUUGUUUUCACUGCAAUAUUCAAUCCAUAUUCAGUUUCCGAAUUUCUUGUUUACCCGCCAGUUUGUGAAGAAUGUCGAAGGAAAAAUCCAGCACUUAUUUCAGCCGCCUUACCAUCUUCAGGUACUUGAAUUUCUCUUCUUUUUUUGAAAGUAUAAAUUAAAACUGCCUUUCAGUAUUUGUCCAUUUCUACUCCAAACAUCAAGCUCAUUUCGAAUUACGUGGAAAUGCUCCAUUCAAAUCGAAUAGUUUUACAGCUGUUGAUUUUACAACGGUAAGAGGAAAUUUUGGUUUGUAGACAUAAAAAUGAAAAAAAUUUCAGGGAUAUGUGGCAAUCGCUGAUCAUGCACUAACUGAUGCUCAAGGAAAACAUACAACUUGUUUCUUGAUGCCAUUAGAUAGAAGUGCAAUUGAAAGUAUUGAUCAAUUAUCAGAAGCUAUUUCAGAUUCCGAAUAUGAGGUAUUGAUUUCGGGACUUCAGGGCUAAUGAGAUCUACGGAGAGGAAGUGUACUGUAGAAAGUAGAAAAUUGGCUAACAAUUUUAGAACAAUAAUGAGUUAAUUUCCAGUUAUUUUUCUAGAGUAAAGACAAUUCCACAAAAUCCCUUUAAGUUCAAGUUAGAAUUACCCUCACAAGCUAUCUAAAUAUUUUUCUAGUUUCCCUCACUUCAGAUUCAAUCAACCUACGGUUGGCAAGAGUUCUGGCAAUUCGACCCCGAACCCAUCGAACCAGUCAUGGCUAAUUCAAAAUUCACCGACAGAGUUGACGAUUGCCGUGAUGCUAAAUGGUAUUUAUUGCGGCAAACUGUUCAUGCGAGAGGUUUGUUCUUCUCUUCUGAAAACCCUAAUCUCAACCAAUUCAAUUUCAGAUGUCUCAUGCAGUGAUUGUUACGAUUUCUGUCUGCCAGAUUGGGCUGUUGUGCGAAAAGAGAAAUAUGAGGAUGAAUCAACAUUGGGUGUGCGACGAUUGAAUUGUUUCCGAUUAUAUGUUCCAGAAUGGCGAAAUUUCCGAGUAGAAACUGAUGUGACAGGUGGACAUUGGAAAUAUCCUCUAGCCUCCGAAUCAACAAAACGUGACAAGGGUGGAAAUUGGGUUUCAUGGAUCCCAACAGUUCAAUCAGAAGGUCUUUCUCGACAAAGAAAGGCUAUCACAUCGAAUAAAGUAUAA